UAUGCGUUGUUUUAAGCCAUUAAGUCUUGUCAUAAUUAUUAUGCAGUAAUGGAAAACUUUUUCAGUGGGUAGAUGUCAUAUUCGAAUGAUGUCCUCCAUCUAAUCUGUCUCCUAACUUGUUGGAAAUGUCACAAUAAGUUGUGUUUUAGGUAGAAGAAUGAUUAGACAUGCAAACUUGCUUAUGGGCACAGAUGGCAGGAAUCUUGUAAAUGUGCCUCAGUGUUGAUAACUUAUGAGUAUUUUUCAUAAGUCUUUUCUUUGUUCUUUCCAGGAAUCCUCAGUUAGGAAUAUUAAGAACGCCUCAUUAGUGGGGAUAAUACUAAGAGCCUUUCGUGCAUGUAACGAUUUCAGUCUACUUACGCUGUUCUUUUCUGCAUUUUUCCUCACUUUUUAUACACACAAGAGUAGGCAAGUAGACAGACACUUGCAGUCACACCUGAGAGUUGUACACAGGAGAAUCAUGUUAUGCAGUGGUACACUAUACGGUGGCAUUCAACAUAAUUUGUCUCCUGGAGAUUAAAAAGUAUAUCCAUAAAAAUGGAUUGUUUUUAAUUUUUAAAUAUUUAAUAUACAUUAGCAAAUCAAGUAAAUUUGAGAGAUUUAAAUUAGUUUUAUAAAAAUUAUAGUAGAACACUUGCUCCAGACCAAGAUCAGAAAGUAUAUUUCUUUCAACUUUAGCUGUCCUAGACCCGGAAUACUGGAUGACACAUAGAAUGUGUGAAUGUGUGCGUGGGGCCAACCGCAGGGACACAGGGGAGGAGGGGUCUCCGCGCAGGGAGGGGGACAGGAGGGAGGGGAGGGUGUUGUGGACUCUGGGCUGCCAGGACUGGACAGAGGAUGGGCGUUCACCGGCCUGACUGGCGGCACUUUGUUCUGCAGGUAAAGAGGACAGGUGAGGACUGACUCGGAAACAUCUCGUAAAAAGAGCCACUGAUUCAGGUUCAAUUCUUUCUUAGCCAUGAAAUUAGCUAAAGUGCUAUCACUUGCAAAAAGUCCACAGCUUGCUGGUGCUGCUGAAGGAUAAGAAAGGACACUUUGAGAAAGAGAAUCCAAUAAAUUUUCAUGAGUCUCCAACUCUCGCUUCUUUUCAGAGUUGACGAGUUCCAGCUAAUAAGGCAGAGGCAUGGAUGCAGGGAAUGAGUCUUCAAAUGCAGAUUUCCUCCUCCGGGGCCUCUUCCCUGGGUUGAAACAUAGCAACUUCCUGGUGUCCACCAUCCUCCUGAUCUAUGGAGUGGCUCUCACUGCGAACUCCAUGCUGAUCCUUCUCAUCUGGGUGGACUCUCAACUCCACACGCCCGUGUAUUUCCUGCAUGGCCAGCUGUCCGUCAUGGUCCUGAGUGUAAUCGCUAGCACUGUACCCGAGAUGGCAACUGACUUCUUUCCAGGGAAGAGAAACAUCUCCUGGGUGGCUUGUGGGACUCAGAUCUUCUUCUUUCUGACUCUAGGAAUCGCUGAGUGGAUCUUCAUCACCCUCAUGGCCUAUGACUGGUACUGGUAUGUGGCCAUCUGCAACCCUCUGAGAUACGCCCUCAUCAUGAGCCCCAGGGUCUGCCUGCAGAUGGCUGCCACCUCGUGGGCUGGAGGUGCCCUUACCUCCCUCGAACACACAGCCCAUGCCAUGCACUUCCCCACCUGUGGCUCCAGAGAGAUUUCCCACUUCCUCUGUGAGGUUAUGGCCAUCCUAAAGCUGGCCUGUGAAGACCUCUCUGCCUAUGAGAAGGCUGUUGUAGUGACAAGCAUUGUGGUACUCCUCAUUCCACUGUCCUUCAUACUGGCCUCUUAUGCUCUCAUCUUCCUUUCUGUCCACCGAGUAAGUUCCACUGAGGGUAGGAACAAAGCCCUGGCUACCUGCUCCUCCCACCUGACAGUGGUGAGCCUCUACUUUGGUCCAGCCAUGCUGGUCUACAUGAGGCCUACUUCCUACCACAGACCCGUACUGGAUCAGGUCCUCUUCAUGCUCGGUCCCAUCCUUACCCCUAUGAUGAACCCUCUUAUCUACAGUCUAAGGGACAAAGAAGUGGUGGUGCUCUGAAAAAGGCCUUGGGAUAUUGCCUAACCUCAAGUUAGACCACAAGAAUAGGACAGAGACUAAUCACUAGCUCUACACCAGUUCAAUCAGCCUUGCUUAGAAGUCAAGGUCUUAUUUCUGGUCUUUCCAUACUUAAAAUCACAAUGGAAUGACUGGCCCUAUGGAUUCGGAUCAUGCAUACAUAAAACCGGUAAAACAUGUUUAACUAUAUUUAUACAUCCCACAGACAACAGGGUCAAACACAUGGACCAUGGGCCACCAAAAUUAGGCAUUCCGGAGAUGACAGAAGUGGUGGUGUUGGUGAUGAUGAAAUUUCUCCAUUAAAGGGAGUUAAAGCAGUGACGCUUUAUUCAUGGAGAUGUGUAUCAAGUUUAGUGCUUGAAAGAAGCAAACCACCAAUGAAAGUAUAGAACUUAUCCAACCUCCAAAAUAUCUUUCAAGGCGGACUAAAACUAAAGAGCUUUCAGUUUUCAAUAUUUAAAAUGAGUUGCCGGGGAUUUAGCUCCAUGGCGCUGCACCUGCCUCGCCAGUGCAAGGUCCUGAAUUCAAUCCCCAGUACCGGAAAAUAAAUAAAUAAAAACAUACAUACAUACAUACAUACAUACAUAUAUACACUGAGUGGCUAUAUUGGAUUCUCUAAGGUAUUUAUUACACCUAAACAUAAAUUAUUUACUUUAAAAUACUAUUCUGCUACUUAAAUUUUUACUUUAAGUUUUAUUACCAAAUACUAUGUAUACACUAAGACUAAUUCUAGGUUCAACUCUCAUUUUUAAGUUAAUUUUUCUAUUUAUACAUGUAGUUAUAUUGGACUUCAUAGGAAUGAACUGUUAUCUGCAUAUUUACAUCACUAGAAUGAAAUUUGAACAUUUUUUACAUUUGUAUCCCACUUCUGCCAUUAUAGGAAUCGAUAUUUACAUUUCAACAGAAGAAAAUUGAGGUGGCAAAUUGUUAGAUGUGAAAUAUUACUGUGCUAAUCACUGCCAGUAUGAGCAUUAAAUGGACUGCAAAUGAACCUGAAGAAUUUAAUAAUUCAUCAGUAUAUCCAUCACAGCUUAAUUGGUUGUGUUAUAUAACUGAACUGGAAGCACAGAAAAUUAUUUAGACAGUCAUUUUAAAAGCAAAAUAGAAAAUGCAAAGAAGUAAUAUACCUCACCUAAAAAUAAAACAAAAGGCUCUAAAUUAGAAGGGAUAUUCAUAAAUCAUCUCCUAAUCCUCAGAGAAAAGAAAAAGAUGAUUAUAUUUAAACUCAAAUGUUGUUGUUGGGGAUUUGUAUGGAAGAAGUGUUUUUAUCUACAAAAUGGAUAAGUAGCAAAGCUAUAACACAUUCUUCUUAGGGUGGAUUAAUGUAAAUUAUCUUUGCAAGGAAGUAAUGUAUGUGCCAAAGUGGGUGACAGAGAGUGUGGGGGGAGGAGUAGAAACCAUGUUUGUUUUUGUUUUGUUUUCUGGUACCAGGGAUCAAACUCAGGACGUGGUGCUUGCGAGUCAGGUGCGAUGCCACAUCCCUGGCCCCACCAUGGGUGUUUUUGACAGUGACUGAGUAAAUAAAUACAAAGACAUAUGAUUUUCCCCAUCAGAAUCUGCUCAGGUAUCAGCCAUCAGAUGUGACCAUUUCUAGUUCUGGAAUAAAGCUGAAUUUUUGCACAUCAAUUGUAUUUCUAAUACAAUCAUUCUUUCCCAAACUAAACAAGGGAAAGUUUUCAAGUCCCCUAACCAGCAGAUUGAAACAAAGAACCUUAAAGAACCAGGCUGACCAUCUGCUUCAGUGUGUGACAGGGAAGUGGUAAAACAGUUGGGGCAAGGCCUAUCACCGCUCCUACUGCCUCGUUAACCAGGCAAAGUGCUGGGACCCAUGCCCACAAGCGGUGUGGAAGAGCCAUCUUCACAGCGGGGGAGCAGGAGGAAUCCACCAGAAGAAGACUCGAUGUCUCACUUGCUCUGAAAGUCUAACAGCAUCCCACAAACAGAAUUGUAUGAGCACCCUCAUCACCUCAGCACAAACGAAGAAAGCUGUAACAGACUGACUUGUUUUUUGAUAACAAAAGAGAAAGCGUAGGAACGAAAAUCACCAGGUGUAACUCCUCCACUCCUCCACUCCUCCACUGUUGCUGGACACAUCCUCGUCAGCAGGAUUCUGGCGAACAGGAUUCUUAACCAACUAAACUCAGCAGUUAGGCAAAGAAAGCCCUGUCAUUUCUCUCCAUGGAGACCACCGUCAUUUGAGAGAAAUCCCUUCUUUAUCAUCUAAUUGGAAAUCUUCCCCCAGACAUGUGCAGGAUGGAGCUGCUGGUGCAACCUCGUUCCCUACUGUUCUGAAAAAAGGUGAGAUCUUCAAAAGAUACAAGAAAAAUAAAAGACAUUAAGAGCAGCGAGAGAGGGGGGUAAGGGGAAUUGAAAGCAGCUCUUUUCUUAGGUAUGAAUUUCUUUGAAGGGGAAACUUUUCGGUCUCUAAUAUAAACUGCAAUCUCAUUGAGACACAAAGGACUCUGCAGAUGACUGAAAUCACUGCCUCGGAAGUGAACAAUUAGGAAAGCAGCAUUCCCGCUUCUACUGCUCAUCGCUGAACACAGGAAUGAGGUCACUCCUGAGCCACAGUGCUAACCCCAUGGGUUCAAUUCCUUCAUUUUUCGGGGGGUUUUUGUUUUGGGGUUUUGGGGGGGCAUGUUAUGUAGACUUGACCUGUUUGGGCGUUUUUGUUGUGAUUUAAAUAUUCCCCCUCCCAUCCUACAGUUUUGUCACAUAUCCUCGAGGUAUGGUUAUAACGCCCCCCCCCCACACACUUGCUUCCCUUCCCAUUCGAGGAAAGAGCCUGGGCUCCCAUUAUUACUCCCACAGAAGCCGAAGCCCAGGUAGUUUCAGCCGCAUCACUUCCCCCUUCUGCUGACUGACGGCAGAGCAAGCUGCUCCUUGCCUACGUGCACCAACUGUUUGAGCACAAA